CAGCAGACAGACAGGUCAACAUGGACGUCGGAUUUUGUCGCCCGGUUCUCCUUUGCCUAACCCUUGCGGUUUUGGGAUCGGUUCUUGCGGAUUUGGACGGCCCUAUGAUGGGAGCACCUGGGUCUGCUGUCCGUUUGUCGGAAAAUGACCCGGGAUUGAAAAAAGCACUGAAGUUUGCAGAAGAGCGCUACAAUAUGGGUUCCAAUGCUAUGCACGUUCGCAGAGUUAGCAAGGUGCUUUCUGCCAGUAAACAGCUUGUGAAGGGAAUCCACUACAGCAUCAUGGUGGAGCUCAGUAACACCCAGUGUAAGAAAGCUGCCAGGCUGAGGACCUGUGACUUCUACCCUGAGGAACACAACCUGAAGACUGAGGUGUGUUUGUUUGAAGUUUGGGACAUUCCUUGGGAGAGCAAGUCCACUCUGCUCAAACAAAAGUGCCAGCCAGCAGUGGAUCCCCAGGCAGUUGAGACCAACAAAGUUGAAUCAAUGCCCCUUUCUACCAGCAAACCAUUGAAGGAGUCCGUGGAUUCAGUGGAGCUCCUGGGCCAGUUCAAGGAGUUCAUGAUCAGAUACAACAGGUCUUACAGCAGUCAGGGGGAAGCCGACCGGAGGCUGCUGAUCUUCCACGACAACCUGAAGACAGCGGAGAAGCUACAGGCUCUGGACCAGGGCACAGCCGAGUACGGGGUCACCAAGUUCAGUGACCUCACAGAGGAGGAGUUUAGGUCUCUGUACCUAAAUCCCCUCCUGAACCAGCAGAACCUCCAACGGGCCAUGAAACCUGCAGCUAUGCCCCGUGAACCUGCCCCUCCUAGCUGGGACUGGAGGGAGCACGGAGCUGUCAGCCCUGUCAAGAACCAGGGGAUGUGUGGUUCUUGUUGGGCAUUUUCAGUGACCGGGAACAUUGAGGGCCAAUGGUUUGUGAAAACAGGCCAACUAGUGUCCCUUUCUGAACAAGAGCUGGUGGACUGUGAUACUCUGGACCAGGCCUGUGGGGGCGGCCUUCCAUCUAAUGCAUAUGAAGCCAUUGAGAAGCUGGGGGGCCUAGAAACGGAGACUGACUACAGCUACACCGGCAAGAAGCAAAGCUGUGACUUCACCAAUGACAAAGUCACUGCCUACAUCAACAGCUCGGUGGAGCUGUCUAAGGAUGAGAACGAAAUUGCUGCUUGGCUAGCAGAAAAUGGACCUGUCUCAGUGGCCCUGAAUGCCUUUGCAAUGCAGUUCUACAGGAAGGGAAUUUCCCAUCCUCUGAAGAUCUUCUGCAACCCCUGGAUGAUUGACCAUGCAGUCCUGCUUGUCGGAUAUGGAGAACGUGAAGGAAAACCUUUCUGGGCAAUCAAGAACAGCUGGGGAGAGGAUUAUGGGGAACAGGGUUACUAUUACCUAUACAGGGGAUCCGGGCUCUGUGGCAUCAACAAGAUGUGCUCCUCUGCCGUUGUGAACUAGACCGUGAUAUCACAUACACACAUGAAGACCUGCUGACGCUGUACCCUAAUAUAUCAGUAAUCAUUAUCACCUCACACCUCAUCGUUCUUUCGUAAAAUGAACCACCUCGUGUUUAGAUGUUUUAAGGUGGUACUAAUAUUUUGUUUGGAUUUUACUGUAGGUGUUUACAUUUCUUUUUAGGAUAUCUUAAUUGCUGUGUAUCUGUGUAAUUGCUGCUGUAUAAUUUGUCAUCUCUUUAACAUAACUGAGUGUAUAAUUUAUGGGAGUUGGUGUUUUUAGACUGCAUUCAGGCUGUUUAGUUAAGUUUCCUUGAAACUGUGCUACCUCCCCAGUUGUAAAAUAGGACUGUAUUACUGCAUGUGGAUUUUUGCUCGAGGUUGUAACAUUGUUCAUCGCUAUUGGCUAUAGGUUUUUAAAAUAAUUUUUAGUAUUAUUUUAAUUGCAGAGUUAUCAGUCAUCUAUCAUUAAAAUAACUGAGUUUAUAAAGUUUAAGGGAUGUACUGUUUUUACAUUGUAGUCAUAGUGUUUAGGAACUUCCAUUAAUAUUCACAGAAUGUAACCAUUCUCUGUGCGGACACAAUACCAAGUAACAUCAGUCUCCAUAUUUACAACUUAAAACUUGGCUGUGAAGGUUGUUGUGAUUGUGUGUUUGCAUGGUUUCUGCAAUUUAAAAUGACCCUACAUUGGCUAAUGUGUAGCCAAGUAUCUGUUACAUAUUGCAGUGCUGUGUAACUAGACCCAUUACGAUUGAAUAAAAAAGUAUCUUAUCUUU